CAAUAUGGGCGUUGCCCAAUAAUAAGUGACGAAGCAGCUCCAGCAAAUAAGUGAAAUAAUUUUACAACAAUGCCACUAUUAGGCAAGAAACCAGACCCCAAGGAACAAGUUAGAGAUUGGCGUUCAAAAAUGAGAAAAGAACAAAGAGUUAUUGACAGGCAAAUAAGAUCGAUCCAAACUGAAGAGAUGAAGGUUAAAAAGUCCAUCAGAGACGCUGCAAAGAAAGGCCAAACUGACGUCUGUAAGAUACUAGCCAAAGAACUAGUACACUCAAGAAAAGCCGUCAGUAAAUUAUACGCAUCAAAGGCACAAAUGAACUCUGUUGUAAUGCAAAUGCAGAAUCAACUUGCUACAAUGCGUAUGGCUGGUGCCAUAUCAAAGAGCACUGAUGUAAUGCAUGCAAUGAAUGACUUGGUAAAACUUCCAGAGAUAAGGGCAGCAAUGAUGGACCUGAGCAAAGAAAUGGCAAGAGCUGGUUUAAUUGAAGAAAUGAUGGAGGACACGCUGGAAGGACUGGAAGAUGAUGACGUAGAUGAUUUAGCUGAUGAAGAAAUUGAGAAAGUUCUUCUUGAAGUGACUCAGGGUAAACUUGGUGAGGCAAAGGUAGCUACUGGAGGACUGGAAGAUACAACUCCAGCAGUAGCUGAUCAGGAAUCAGAGGAAGAAGAAGAAGAUGAAAUGUCUCAAAGAUUAGCACAGUUGAGAAGUUAAAAACCAUAUUAUUAUAGUGCCUUUAUGGUUCACAUCUUUAUAGUAAUUAUUAUUAUUUUAAUCAUAAUUAGCAAUACAUGUCAUUGUUUGUGUAAAUUGUUUUGUGAACUUUUUAUUUUAAAAAAUAA